GAGACGGGAGUGCAGCAGCAAGAGCGGACCUCGCCUCUCGCUGCGGUCGUAGAGGGAACAAAACAAAGCAGAUAAACCAGUGCUUGGAGAAGGAAAGAACAAAAAUACAGCUGUAUGAUGACUGAGACUACUAAAACGCACGUUAUUCUGCUAUCAUGCGGCAGUUUCAACCCCAUCACCAAGGGACAUAUUCAUAUGUUCGAAAAAGCCAGAGAAUAUCUGCACAAGACGGGGAGGUUCAUUGUGAUUGGAGGCAUUAUUUCACCUGUCCAUGACUCCUAUGGAAAACCGGGUCUGGUCCCCAGCAGACAUCGUCUCACUAUGUGUCAACUUGCAGUGCAGUCUUCUGAUUGGAUCAGGGUGGAUCCUUGGGAGUGUUACCAGGACACCUGGCAGACCACCUGCAGUGUACUGGAACACCACCGUGACCUCAUGAAGAGGGUGACAGGGUGUAUUCUCUCCAACGUUAACUCGCCAUCCACAACUCCAGUGAUUGGACAGCCUCAGAACCAGACCCGACCCAUCUACGAAAACAACAACAUCAACAACAAGCCCACUGCAGUGAAGCUUUGGGGGAAGAUGAGUGAGAGCUUGGGAAAGAUCUGCUGCGUUCGUCCCCACAGUGACCGCUUCACCUUUGUGGAUGAAAAUGCUAACCUGGGCACUGCCAUGCGAUAUGAAGAAAUCGAACUGCGCAUUCUCCUCCUGUGUGGCAGUGAUCUGCUGGAAUCUUUCUGCAUCCCUGGCCUCUGGAAAAACAGUGACAUGGAGGUGAUCGUGGGGGAUUUUGGGAUUGUGGUGGUGCCUCGUGACGGAGCUGAUACAGAGAGGAUAAUGAACCAUUCCUCAGUGCUCCGCAAGUACAAGGAUAACAUCAUUGUGGUCAAAGAUGACAUGAACCACCCCAUGUCUAUCGUCAGUUCUACCAAGAGCAGACUGGCCCUGCAGCACGGAGACGGCCACGUGGUGGACUACCUGGGUCAGCCCGUUAUCGACUACAUCCUGCAGAGCCAGCUCUAUAUCAACACCUCUGGAUAGAGCGUCCAGGGCUGGCCGGGGAGGGGGGUGGGAAGAACCCACCACCCCCCUUUACUCUCUUCGUUUUCUGUGUGAAACUUAUACUCUUCCUAUUCCUGCUCUUCUUCUCCAUGUACGGGAGCCGUGUGUCUCUGUCUCUCCUAACCGUAUCAUAGUGACUCAUGGGUCUGCUGGUGUGCCGGACUGUGCCGGAGAGUGCCACGCCCGACCGCGCU